GGAUAUAGAACCACAGCGUGACCUUGCACUAAGUUUAUGGCGGCUUGAUCCGCCAUUGGUACUGGUUAACAAAUAAAUUUAGAGAGAUGGAGUUUGAUGUAUUUGAAAAGUUAAGUGAACUGGAGACUGAAAUCCACAUUUUGAAGAAGGAACUGGAAGAAAAAGAUGCAUUCAUUCAAAACCUGAUGGACAAAAAUACGGACUUAGAACGCCGUCUACUAUCUCUCGAUCAAAACAAUGUGACCGGUGAAAAUAAUUUAUCACGUGUAAAAGAGAUUGCUCUCAACGGUUCUAAUACUACUGAUUCUAAAACCUAUGGUGCAUCAAUAGCUAAUAUGCUUAAAGAAACAUCGGAAGCUGUUGUACGUAAUACAGGCUACACAUUCGACGAACGAACUGGUUUGUAUUAUGAUCAUAAAAGUGGCUACUAUUAUGAUCCGGAAAAUCAGUUAUUUUACGAACCCAAAACCGGGACAUACUAUAAGUACAAUUCAGAAACCGGUGAAUACACAAAUUAUACUGCAUCAGAAGACGAUGCUAUGAAUAGCAAAUUCAAGGAAUUCUCUCACCCGGUGUAUGCACACUUACUAAAGGUCAGUUUAUAUCGAGUCAUCGGAUCAUCAGUGGAGAUACAGUUGUACAGAAAACAAUCAAAUCCACUCGAAAGAAACAAACAUUUGACAUUUUAUCUCGAUUUUCUUACUUACGUACUCUUUUAUUUUCAUUACUUUUCACUUUCGGGAUGUAAUUGUUGGGGGUGUUGAAUGAAGAAAAUGCAACAGCGCCACAAAGCAGAAAAAGAAAACGAUCAUGGUUACCUAUCAAAGACUGUAUCUAGACAAAGUCGGUCAACAAGCAGUGAUAUUGGUCAUCGUAGAAGACGGAGAAGUCGUAGUCACUCUGGUUCGCAAUACUGUCGUUCAUACUACAAACAUAGAUGUGAAAGUCCAUCAUUUCAUAGACAUACAAGGCGCAGACAAAAAUCUUACAGAUACUCCCAUCGUUCUGGAAGUUCUCGUAGUGAUGAAAGCCGCUAUAAACGUAGUAAACAUCGGAGAAGAAAACACUCCCAUCGACGCAGGCAUCGAUCAUCUUCUACUACUGGUUCUGUGUGUUCGUACAAAAGUCGAAGUGAGUUCUUCUGAACUUACCGCCCAUAUUGUGAAUUUAUCUUCCAUUUUUUUGUGUAUUAACAUUUCCAUCCCACUUUUUCAUCUUUUAAAUUAGUCAAUGCGUGAACAAGUUUCCGCUUAAAGUACGUUAAUUUAUUCAAGAAUGCAUUUAUUCAUCGUUUUAUUUCUGUACAUGAGUUUUGUCAAAAUGAUGAAGAGGUGCUUUUUCGCUAUUUCUGUGUGAUGCUUGAUUAAAAAGUGAGAUAUCUGUAAAUCCUAUCUAAAAUGCUUAUUAAUGUUACUAUUGUUAUUAUUGUUAUUAUUAUUAUUAUUAUCAGGUUAAGAAUAAAAAUAUGUUGAAUUUUCAUUCAGCAAAUCAGUUUUGUUGAUAUUAGGUUAUCAGUUUAUUUAUAUUUUUCCAUAGAUUAUAAUUAGUACAAUAUUUACUACUUUUCGGUGAAAUAUGUAUAUACUUGUCAGUUAGCAAAGCUUGAUGUGUCUUGUCCUAUUUACAAGAUUAGUAUUUAUGAUACAAAAUACU